GGACAGGGGGACACGGCCUGAAGGGUGAGGGGGACAUCCUGAGGGGUGAGGGGAUGAGGGAACAAGGCCUGAGGUGUGAGGGGACAGGGGGACACGGCCUGAAGGGUGAGGGGGACAUCCUGAGGGGUGAGGGGAUGAGGGAACAAGGCCUGAGGUGUGAGGGGACAGGGGGACGUCCUGAGGGGUGAAGGAAUGGGGGCACACAGCCUGAAGGGUGAGGGGACAUCAUGAGGGGUAAGGGGAUGGCCGGGACAUCCUGAGGGAUGAGGGGAUGGCAGGGACAUGGCUGAGGGGUGAGGGGAGAGGGGGACAUCCUGAGGGGUGAGGGGAUGGUAGAGACAUGACCUGAAGGGUGAGGGGAUGAGGGGACAUCCUGAGGGGUGAGGGGAGAGGGGUCAUGGCCUGAGGGGUGAGGGGAUGAAGUAGGGGGGAAGAGGAGCUGAGAACAGCGACAGAGAAGGGGGAAAGAGGAACCCAAAAUGAGAGGAAUGCGGGAGAGAAAAUGGGGAGAAAAACUGAAAGGAAAGGUGGGUAAAAGCAGACAGAAAAGAGGGAAAAUGGGGCAAGAAAGAAAGGGGUGAGGGGAUGGAAAUUAGUGGGAAAACGUGUGAGGAAACGGUGGGAAAAUGUGACAGGAAAGGCUGGAAGAGGUGACAAGAAGUGGAGGGCAAAAAUAGACAGGAAAGGGAGCAGAAAAGAGGGAAGAGGAUAUGCUGGAAGAAGUGACAGAUUGGGGUCAAAAAGGGGACAGAAAAUGACAUCAGGAAGGGACAGAAACAGCUGGAAAAGGGGACAAAAAUUAGGGCAAAGAGUGGAUGGGAAAUGGUGGGAAGAUGUGAGGGGGAAAGGUGGAAAAAUGUGAGAUGAAAAGGGUGGGGAAAUGUGAGGGGAAAAGGUGGGGAAAUGUGAGGUGAAAAAGUGGGAAAAUUGAAGGGAACUGGCGUGAAAAUGAGGGGGGAAAGGCAGGAAAACAUGAGGAGGAAGGGUGGGAAAAAAUAGGGAAAAAAGCAGGAAAAUAUGAGGAAAAUAUGAGGGAAAGGGCGGGAAAACGUGAGGGGAAAAAGGGCGGGAAAACGUGAGGGGAAAAGAGCAGGAAAACCUGAGAAUGGGAAGGAGAGGAGCUGAGAAAGCUGCAGAAAGGUGAGGGGAAAUGGGGGAUGAAAAGGGACAAAGUGUAAGGACAAAAGACAGAAAAGUGUGAAAAGGGGACUGGAAAGAGAGUGUUGGUGACAGAAAAUGGGGCAAGAGAGGAAAGGGCUGGUGAGGGAUAUGAAGGACAGAAAUGGAAGGGACGGAGGUGGCAGGAACUGGAGGAAGGAGUUGACAGGAAUGGGAGAAACCCUGGAGAAAAGAGAUAAGGAGGGAGAAAGUGGUGAAACGUGACAGAAAAUGUGGGGCUGAGGGUGGAUAAAGGGGAAUGAAGAGGAUGAUGAGGUAACAGAAGAGGACAAGCCAGUGCCCACCAUCAUCAUCCCCCAUGUACCCCCUUGUCCCCACCGUGUCCCUUCAGGCUGCAGUGAUGGACCUGGACCCACACAGUGAGGGGCUCUACAGCCAAGACCCCCCAAGACCACCGUGUGUCCCAGUGUGCCCCCGCCCCAGGGAAGAGGCGGUCUCAGGUGUCCCCAAGAGAGGCAGUGUCCCUGUGUCCUGCCCUGUUGUCCCCUCAGGUCCCCCUCGGGGGAUCCCACAGCUGGAGGUGCUGCUGAGGCAGGUGCACAGCCUGCAGAAAGUCCGUGAGGCCACAGCACAGGAGCUGGUGAAGGCACAGGACUGCAGUGAGGGGUUGAGCCAGCAGCUGGAGCAGCUGGAGCAGCACAAGGAGGCACUGGAGAGGUCCUGGCAGCAGGUGCAGGAAUCACUGCAGAGAGCACAGUGGCAAGGGAAGGAGGUGGAGGCCAAAGGUCAGAGGCGCUGUGGGCUCUGUCUGGAGCAGCAGCAGCACCUGGAAGGGACAAAGCAGCAGUGGGAGCAGCUGAAAAACCUGCGCCGGGAACACAGGAGGCAGCACUGCCAGCAGCUCGAGGCCGUCAUGAAGGAGCUCAAGCACCUGCGUGUCACACACGCUCCAGCCCACGUGAAGGCUGAACUGGUGCAGCUGGAGAAGAUGGAGGAGAAGUGGCUGAGCUGGGAGCGCCGUGUGAUGGACACUGAGGAGCAGCUGGGCCCAGAGGCAUUUGUGCUCAGGCGAUUGGUGCAGCAGGAGCAGGAGGGGGUGGAGCAACAGCUGGAGGUGGAGCUGGGCCGGCAGCAGCGGAGCCUGCAGCGCCGUGACAGGUUGGCAGAGGAGCUGCAGCAGCUUCAGCGCCCCCGGGAGGCUAGCCCAGAGUGACAGAGGACGAGAUAGACACACCCCAUGGGACACCUGUGGCACCUGUGUGACACCUCUGUGUGCUACCUGUGGGCCACCUGUGUCCUGCCAUGUUCUCAUGUCCCCAUUACCCAUUGUCCUCCCACCAUGCCCAAGUCUCCCCAAGAUCCCCCAGUCCUCUCAAGUUCCCCCCAUCCACCCCAUAUUCCCCAAUUGUCCCUCAUGUCCCCAUUUCCCCCAAUGUCCCCCAUGUCCCCCAUGUCCCCCAUUUCCCCAUAUGCUCUCCCCAAUGUCCCCCAUGACCCCCAGGUCCCUCCAUGUCCCCCCGAUGUCCCGAUGUCCCCCAUGUCCCCAAUAAACGUUCUGCCACCACUGCU